AUGCAGACCAUCAUCCCGCUGGUCUCUCCCCCGACGUCUUCACACUCAAUCCUACCUCCACCACGGCAACGGCCCGCCGCUCAAAACCCCGCACCGUUCCCCGAGUCUCCCGUUUCGCCUUCGGACCAAUCGACCCAACCCGGGAGCCGAGGAGCGGAGGAACCAGUGGCGCACCCGACGCCCGUGGCCCCACUUUCAGACUCGGCGGAGGGCCUGUGGGCCCAGCUACGCCUCGUAGGCCGCCGGCUGGACGAGGUGCAGCGUGAGGUUCACCGGACCAGGGGAGACCCGGGGGCUGAGCAACACCAGGGGUCCCCCUUCACCCCCGAGAUUCAAGAGCAAGCAAUCCCGCCGCAUUUUCGGCUCCCGUCAUUAGAUGCCUAUGACGGUGCCACCGAUCCGGCGGACCACGUAGCUGCUUUCCGCGCCCAAAUGACGCUAUACGGGACGUCCGAUGCCCUGAUGUGCAGGGCGUUCCCGACAACCCUACGGGGCCUAGCCCGAGCGUGGUACAGCAAUCUGAAGACCGCGACCAUAGCCUCUUUCGACCAGUUGGCCAGGGACUUUGAGCUUAACUUCCUGGCUCAGGCCAAGCCGAAGCCGUCGGUGGCGAUACUCCUCGGGCUCAACCAGAGGGAGGAUGAGCCCCUUUCUCACUUUGUGAACCACUUCACCACACAAAUCCGCGGGCUGUCUGAUGCUCACCCUUCUUUGAUGGUGCAGGCAUUCAUGAUGGGCCUGCGCCCUACCCGAUUCUUUUGGUCUCUGGUGGAGCGACCCCCCACUUCGGUUCCCGAAAUGUUGCAGCGUGCGAACCAGUACAUCGCUGCUGAGGCAUGGAUGGUCGGGAAGCGCGACGAGCGCAAGAGGGUCAAGCCAGAGCAGUCCCAACAACAACAGCCCGCUACCUCCCGGCGUAGGGCCGGCGGCCUCAACGAUGCGGCACCUAGGUCCCCUCCCCCGGGCCUGAACUCCUCUCGGACCGAAAUAUUUCUCCACAUUAAGGAGAAAGGCCUUCUCAAAGACCCCUACCCGAUGAGGAGCCCGCGCGAACUCGCGGACCGCUCUAAAUACUACCGUUUCCACCAACAGCCCGGUCACGACAUCGAGGAGUGUCGAGAACUAAAAAGGCAAAUUGAGGAGCUCAUCCGCCGAGGGCACCUCGGCUCAUACCUCCGACCAGAUAAGGAGCUCUCGCCACGCCCGGAGGGCCCCAUCGAGCGACACAUAGAUGUCAUAACCGGCGGACCAGCGUCCGGAGGGAGUUCUAUGGCGGGCGGAAGGGCAUACGCCAGGGCCUCCCGGGCUGAAGCUUCCAAACAUGAAAAAGGCCCCGAAGUCACCUUCCCGACCGGGGAACCUGAACCAGCCGAACAUGAUGACGCGUUGGUAAUAUCAGCCAGAAUCGCCAACGCGCAA